CCCGCCCCCAAGCGCCGGAAGUCGCGAGCGGAGUCGCGCGUCGCGCUGUCAGUCUCUGGGCUCGGCGGCGGCGCGGUGGCGGCGCGGGUCCGGCCGGUGCGGGCGGCCCCGGGCACCAUGGACAACAAAGAGCUGAUCGGCUACUUCAAGUCUCAGGUGAAGGCGGACUCUGACACGGCCUCGGCCGUCGCUGCCAUCCGGACGCUGCUGGAGUUCCUCAAGAGGGACAAAGGGGAGACCAUCCAGGGCCUGCGAGCGAAUCUCACGAGCGCCAUAGAAACGCUGUGUGGCGUGGACUCGUCCGUGGCCGUGUCCUCCGGCGGGGAGCUCUUCCUGCGUUUCAUCAGCCUUACCUCCCUGGAGUACUCGGAUUACUCCAAGUGUAAAAAGAUCAUGAUCGAGCGGGGAGAGCUGUUUACCCAGAGAAUCUCGCUGUCAAGAGAUAAGAUCGCAGAUCUGUGCCAUACUUUCAUCAAAGAUGGCGCGCGGAUCCUGACUCAUGCCUACUCCAGAGUGGUCCUGCGUGUCUUGGGGGCAGCCGUGGCGGCCAAGAAGCGUUUCAGCGUCUACAUCACAGAGUCCCAGCCGGAUCUCUCCGGGCAAAAAAUGGCCAAAGCCCUCAGCCAGCUCAACGUCCCGGUCACUGUGGUCUUGGAUGCGGCCGUGGGCUACAUCAUGGAGAAAGUCGACCUUGUCAUUGUCGGUGCUGAAGGCGUUGUUGAAAACGGCGGAAUCAUUAACAAGAUCGGAACUAACCAGAUGGCCGUGUGCGCCAAGGCGCAGAACAAGCCUUUUUAUGUGGUGGCAGAAAGUUUCAAGUUUGUUCGGCUCUUCCCGCUAAACCAGCAGGACGUCCCAGAUGAGUUCAAGUACAAGGCCGACACGCUGAAGUCUGCGCAGACGGGCCAGGACCUCCGGGAGGAGCACCCGUGGGUGGACUACACCUCGCCUGCGCUCAUCACGCUGCUCUUCACUGACCUGGGGGUGCUGACGCCCUCCGCCGUCAGCGAUGAGCUCAUCAAGCUCUACCUCUGACCCAAGCCCGGACAACCGGCCGGUUUCCUCACGUGGAGAGUUACAGCAGUUCAGGAGAGUUCUGUUCAUCGUCUGCGAGUGUGUUCAUGGCUGCCCUUAAAGCUGAACCGUGCUCACGGUUUCCAGAAACUGACAUUUCAGGACUCGCCUGGUUCACGAAUGACGAGUACGCCCCCCCACUUCCCGAGCUCUGGACUGCUUUGUCAGAAGCAUCAGAGGAGACGCGCGCCUGAGGAGGCCGUUUCCCGAUGCGGCCACUCUGCAUCUGGACACAGCAGGCACCAUGGCACUCGCUUCCAGCGUCCUGCAGGGCUCCCGUCUGUGCUCCAUGGAGCAGCUUCCCCGGGACGGUGCACUUUCCAAAGUAUCUGAGGACGUCGCCUCUGUGAAAGGGGUUUUCUCUAAAGGUGUCUGGGUCCUGAAUGGCCUGUAAGCGCUGCCCUCAGGACCGAGGUGCUGUGGCCUGCUGGGCUGGGAGCUGCACCGGAAGCCUGAGAACACGUGGGAACGGGGAAAUGUCUUUGGUGCUUUAGGGGCCAGAGUGAUAGUACAAUAGCAAAGGUGUUUGCCUUGCUCAGACCAACCCAGGUUCAGUCCCUGGUGUCACGUAUAGUCCCCUGAGCACUGCCAGGAGUAAGCCGUGAGCAUCACUUGGUCUACCAACAAGAAAGGUCAGAAUGCACGGUGGGGAGGGUGCUUAUCCUGCAUGUGGCUGACCUGGGUUUCAUCCCAGACGUGACAUACAAGCCCACCAAGCCCACCAGGAGUGACCCUUGAACACAGCCAGGAGUAAGCCCUAAGCACUGCUGGGGUGGCCCAAAAAGUAGAGCCAGAGUAAACCAAGCCCUUUAAUUAAAAAAUACUGGUAUCUGUC